UAUUAUUAUUAUUAUCAUUAUUACUACGGAUUAGACAAAGUUCAAUGCAGAUUAUUCAAGGUUUAGGCAUAGACACACAUUGUAUUCAUUGAAGUGAACAUGAAUAUGAAUCGGAAAAUAUCAAUUGAACACAUUCAUAUCUAACACUUAGAUAAAAAUUGUUGACAAAACAUUAUGAAUACCAUAUUUUGUAGGAGAAUAAACAGGUUUGUAGAGUGUAUUACAAUUUGUGGAUUAUACCACCAUCUCAUGAUCAGUUUUACAUCCAACAUGAUUCCAAUACAAGGGAUGUUACAUAAUUGUGGAAUUAGAAAAGUGGUCAACGUGUGGACACAGGGAGCAAGCUACAAUUCGGAUAGUUCACAAGAAGCAUCCAUUAAUCAACGACAAUAUUCGAAUAAUGACGGUGAUAUUUUUGCAUUGAAUGUACUUGGAAUUACAGUUCUUCAGUUUGUAAUCACUUUUGGAGGAACAAAUUUGUUUAUUCUAGUCCAACAGAUCAGUGAAUGGAUUAAAGGUCAUGUGGUAAUCUUAUGGAUCUCAUGCGCUAUCUACUUAGUUCUUCAAACAGUUUGGAUGUUUGUUCCAGCAUUAUCACGGAAAUAUCCAUACAAUGUAAUGUACCUAGUACUGAUGACAUUAUUUUCAACCAUUGCAAUUGCAUCGGAUGCAACUUUGUACUUCGAGGAUUUUGUCUAUUUCAUCUUCGCUGUAUCGGUGACAUUCAUUAAUUUAAUUGUUUGCACUAUAACUGUUCUACAAUAUGAUUUCAGUAAACAUUACACCAUCAAUCUGUUUGUUACAUUAAGUAUUGGUUUGAUACUCAUAAUUGGACAGAUUCUUUACUUCACAAUGAAAAAGAAUAAUAUUGUACUAGUUAUUGCUGGUGCAAUUACAUUUCCAUUAACAGUCUUUAAAUUAUUAUUUGAAAUGAAGAUGGUAUUUGGAGGUGGUACAUUUCGAUAUCAUCAAAUGGAUUUAGUAUUAGCAGCUGGAAUUCUUUACAAUUGUUGGUGGAAUUUAUUUUUAACAUUAAUGUGGUUAUCUUCAAUGACAGGUUUAAGAAAUUUGAAUUCAACGAAUACUACUACUACCAGUACUAUUUUAUUGAAUGUUCAAUCUUCAACUGAUUUAGUAGUUCUAACUAAAUUAGAUUGAAUAUGCAAUUCUAGGGAAAUAUUUGUUGAAGAAGAAUCCUCAAGUAUUUCUUUUUUGUCUUUGAAUAAACGGUCAAUUUUUGCUGUGGCCAAUGUAUAUCAUGGAUGAUGGUUAUGUUGUGACUUAUUUUACUCUUUGUAUAAGUUUACUGAUUUCUGAAACUUAAAUAUCUUGUAGUGUCAGUCACUAUGUUAAGCCUAUAUACAUUAUUCUAGCUUCUGGACAAACCAUUUUAUCCAUUCUAUUUGAGUUACAUCUUAACCUUGUUAAUUGUUCACUUAUCAAACUUGACUAUUUUUAUGUAACCGUAUUUGUGAACACUUUUUAUCCUACUUACCACAUGUCUGUAGCUUAUUUUUAUGUGACUAUGAAUAUUGAUAAACGCUUCAUUAAAUGAAGUUGGUUCACAUGCCUUCUCCAUUGCGAGGGGGUUUCGCUCUCUCAUCUUCGCUACAUCUCUUUGAAUAUCAGUUCCGAUCAAUGACUAUACAACAUAUAUAUAU